AUGCGUACUCUCAACUCCGGCAUUCUUUUUGCUUCGUUCAAACUCGCUUCAGGAUGCUUUUCCCACGUCGCACAGCAGUCGCAUUCCAUCGACUCCAUGCGUCGAUCAAUGUCGUCAGAAUUCAGCAAGACUGCGCUUAGAGACGUUCGCGUCUUUGAUGGAUCUUGCUUCACCCCACCACAAACUAUCAUUAUCGACAAGGGCGUCAUCUCGAGUAACACCGAUAAUAUUGAAACCAGCAUCAAUGCCACUGGACUAUUCCUUAUACCAGGACUCAUUGAUAGCCACAUUCACAUCUCCAGCACUAUCGGGCUCGAGGAAGCGACGUCGUUCGGGAUUACCACUGCGAUGAAUAUGGCAUGUGAAGAUUACAUGAUGUGCGAGUCGCUCAAAGGCCUCCCGGGUCUUUCUGAUUUCAGAACAGCCGGUAUCCCGGCCGUGGGCCCGAAUACCUCCCAUGCCGCCAUGCUGCAGCUGCCUCCUUCAAAACUCGUGACAGAAACCUCGAAUGCUACAGAACUUGUCGACUGGGCGAAAACCAAUGGAUCCAACUACUUCAAAAUUACCCUGGAACCCAAUGGCCCCAGUUACGAUCUUACCCGUCGCUUGGUAGCUGCUGCCGAGACAAACGGUCUGCCAGUCAUGGCCCACGCCUCAGACAUGGCGGCUUUCGAGCAAGCCGUGGAAACAAAUGUUGCUGGAAUACAGCACGUACCCCGCGACGGCAACUUGACGAACGAAUUGAUACAGCUGAGCAAGAACGCGAAUCAAUUCGUUACUCCUACACUCGCGAUUUUUGCUGCUGCAUUACAUCCGCCAAACCCAAUUUUCCUACAGUUUCUGAGUGCCAAUAGCUCUAGCAAUAGCUCCAGCAAUAGCUCCUGGGAAAAUGUUGUGCACAAUGUGCGUGCUCUUUACCAUGCGCGUAUACCCCUGCUUGCUGGAACAGACGCCGUUGGUACUAUUGCGCCCAAUGUCUCGAUUCCGUACGGAGAAACACUGCACAGGGAGCUAGAAUAUUACGUUGAUGAUAUUGGCAUGACUCCAGCCGAGGCGAUCAACUCGGCAACCAGACUUGCGGCAGAACACCAUGGAUUGCGUGACAGAGGGGUGAUUGAAGACGGUAUGAGAGCGGAUCUAUUGCUUCUAGAGAGUGAUCCUCUUCUAGACAUCAGGAAUACGAGAAAAAUUGUUGGUGUUUGGGCGGGUGGUCGAAAAUAUGAAGGGUAG